CAUGAUCAUUACUCCUUUGGGAAUCUCUUCAGAAGAUUCGAUCUUAGGCCAGGUAUCCACUUGCCAGGAAGGCAGACUUGAGCUCAGCUUGAUAUAUCGGGGGGAGACUACACCGCCACCUAGUGUACGCUAAUAGAAGGUGAGGCUGACAGGCAGCAAUCUAAGCCACAUUCCCUGCGGAAUAUAUCUGUUCUAUAUCCCAUAUCAAACCAUCUCAAAUCAACGCCAAACAAGGACCAUACAAAAUGGCCCUCUCAAACAUCCCCCAUAUCAACCUCCUCUGCAUGGAAGAGCGCUUCAUCCACGCGUUCCAACAUGCUCUAACCCAACACUGGCCCGAAACCAGCACCACUCCCAAACCUACCAUCACCAUCCUCAACACCUCCCUCCGUCAAGUCCCAUCCAGCACAAAGUUCGACCUCGUCGUCUCACCAGCAAACUCCUACGGCCGACUCGACGGCGCCUUCGACGACGCCAUAUCCCGCGCCUUCUGCCAGCCCCCAAAGCACGAAUACGACACUCUGACUGAAGCAGUGCAGAAGAUCCUCUACGAGCGGUGGAGGGGUUUCGCACCUCCAGGAACCUGCACACUCGUCCCUUUCCCCGAUGAGCUAAUCGGGGAAAAUGAAUGGGGCUGUCGCUGGGUGGCGAUUUGUCCGACGAUGCGGUGGCCUGUUCGGGUCAGCUGGGACCGGGAGAUUGUGUAUGAGUGUGUGUGGAGUCUGUUGUGUCAGGUUGAGGGGUGGAAUCGAGGCAGCAAAAGAGAGGAGCGGAUUGAGUCCAUUCUGAUCACCCCGAUGGCGACGGGGAUUGGAAGGGUGAGUGCGGCAAAGUGGGCGGCGCAGUUUGUGCUGGCGAUGAGGCAUUUUGUAGAUGCACUGCAGAGGCCGGAGAGAUGGGCUGCUUUGAGCUGGGGAGAUGUGACGGAGGAGGUUGAGGAGGUGAAGGCGACGUGGGAAUUGUAGGAUUCACUGGAUCACUUGGUGUUUGUGCGAAAGCCUACUCUGACUGCAUCGACGAUGUGGGUUAUCCCUAACCCAUCCCUAUUGCAACAGGAACCAUACAGUCAUAUAUAGGUACUCUCAAUGUGUACAGCUCCAACCUGACCCUGAUCGAAUGUGACCGGGCGUAUCUGUUGGAACAUACAGCCUUGCAGCUUCAGCCUCGCUUAGUCAUUAUAUUAUCAGUUCAUAUAACCAAGGCGUCCAGGGCUCCAGGCAUCCAUCGCUGGCACCCUGUGCAA